CAAGCGCGCGAAGAGCAGCACACCACCACCACACAGCAAAGAACAUACCACUAGGGCCACUAGAGACACCCGCGGAUUGAGUGGCGAUUAAACAGCGGAACGGUAUGCCUGCGAAGCGAAAUUAAAACAAUAUUUAAUUAUGUGCUUUAAAAUUUCAACAAAUUGCUAUAAACUACAAACAAUUGAGACAAUGGAAUAUUCCGAGUGAAAAUAUCGAAAUUUGCAUAAACAAUAUCCUAAAAUAUAGUUCCUGUAUUGAAAGAGAUCAAUGGCACGCCGAAACACCAUCCGUGGGUGUAUGUACGAAAAGUGGGCUGUGAGCAGCACCCUGUCGCUGCUUAUGAUGGUCUCGAUGAGACUCGGCCACGUCACUGCUGCUGACAGCAACGAGACACCGACGCCGACGCCAACGAAGAUGACAGCGAUUGAGGCCAUCCCAAGCACGACCAUGCGGAUGCCCGCCGGCUACAGUCAGAGCUGCUUCAACUGGACUUCAGUGCCAGAGGCAGCCGGCGGCAACUGCUCCAGACUGACCCGCAACGGAUUCCUAAAGUGCUACGGCGGCAUGAACAACCUGGGGGCAUUGGCAAAGUACGGAAAGCCGCUGCCGGCACAGCAAAUGCUGCUGUGCGGCUGGCCCCAGGACGCCUCCAAGUUCCUGGGCGAGCUGCAGAAGUUGCCGCGACUGCGCGCCCUCACCAUCGAGUACAGCGGCUUUACGGAGUUCACCUUCGACUUUCCCGAAAUGGCCUUUCUGCAGAGCAUCAACAUCUCGUGGACGAAUCUCUCGUAUAUUUCUGCGCGCACCUUCAAGCGAGUGCACACUCUGAAGGUCCUGGAUCUGCGCUGGAACCAGCUCAUCCAGCUGGAUGGCCCCCUGCUGCUGCCCCGCUCCUUUGAGCAGCUCUACCUGGCCGGUAAUCCGUGGAACUGCACGCGAAAUUUCAAAUGGAUGCUGCUGCAGCCCGAGAAGGGGCGUCUCGUGGUGGACCGGGAUGAGCUCCUCUGUACCGAUCGCAAGUACAAGGAGCGCCAGAUGCUGCUCGUGAUGCACUACAAAUUGGAGCUAAAGAAGGAGUGCCAAUCGCAUCCGGAUCUCAGGAAUUGCACCUGCCUGAUGCACCACAUCCUGCCCAAAACACACAUUCCGCUAUACACGGUCAACUGCUCGCACAUGCAGUUCCACAGCCUGCCCGCUUAUCUGCCGGCGAACACAACCACGCUGACCAUCAACGAUAACCUGAUCAGCGACAUCAAUCCGCUACGGGACAAUCCCCACUACCGGCAUGUGGUGGAUGUGCAUCUGGAGAACAACCGCAUCUCCAAUGUGGACGACCUGGAGAACACAUUCUGGCUGCAGAACUUUCGCCUCUUCAAUCUGCGUGGCAACAACCUGAGGAAGCUGCAUGUCUAUGCCCUCGACAAUGCCCUCAACGACAAUGAGAACGCCAAUCUGCUGCUGCUCAGCAAGAAUCCCUGGCACUGCACCUGCAAGUUCGGUAUGCGGCUACGCGAGCUGAUGAACGAGUACAGGGACAUUGUGAGGGAUGCCUGGAAUGUGACGUGCACCUACAUGAAGGGCGACGAGCUGCGGCUGGCCAAGGUGCUGACCCUCACCCGCCAGGACAUGUGCAACGUGAGUGCGGAGAGUGGGGCGCAGAUCCAUCCCAUCGACUGGCUGAACGGCGUCCUGGCCAGCCUCAUUCUCCUCAUCCUGGGCAAGCUUGCCUACGACUAUUAUCACUACAAGUAUUAUAACCGUGUUCCUUGGAUAGUCAUGAAGAUGCCAUAGCAUAGUCUUAAAUACUAUAGAUACAUAUAUAUAUAUAUAUAUACAGAUAAAGAUAGGAGCUUCAGUCAUAGUUAUAGUUACAGACACUUAAAAAAUGGAACCUCAAAGAUCCAAAGUAUUUUCUCAAACAACGGUUUGCGUGGUUUUUAUUUUGUAGAUUCGAUUAUCAAUAUGGGAGUUUAUAUAUUGUAUAUAUGUGUAUGUAUGUAUGCAUAUAUAAAUAAUCCUCUUUUUGGUAUAUAUAUAUUGUAAUGUAUAUUUAAGCUAAAAUCAAUGCAAAACUCACAAAAUAGUUGUCCUGCUUCCAUAGUAUUGCACAUUCCCUGCUUUUACAUUCACUGUUAACAUUCACAUUCACGCUCACGCUCCCACUCACAUUCGACAGUUAUUCAAGUCAUUCGAUUUGCAUUUCAAUUGGCACAAAGCGCUUAAACUCUUCUUUUGAUAAUAAUACACGUAAGAGAAACAGCUAAGCUAAGAUUAGUUAUUAGGACACUACUAAUUGGAUAUAACCGAUUCUGGUUAGAGUUAGAGUUUGGGCUACAAAUAAUUGAAUCUAAAUGAAUCUACACAUUCCCCCUGCAUAUUUACAUUCGAAAUAUAAUCUACAUUCUUUGGCUACAGAACCAGUGCAAUCGAGACACUACACUUCUCUCUCUAAGAACUAAAUAAAUAAUGGAAAUAAUCAUAUGGUUGGCGAGGCGCGCUUAUAAAUUAAACAACAGUGCUGGACAUUGCAAACAAAGCUUAAAA